AUGGAUGAAAUACUUUUUGAAAAGCAAAAUUCGUACUUUAAAGAUGGCCUGCGUAAAGUGGACUUUGUAUUGGUGAUAACAAAAGUAAGUGCGAUAGAAAACGAGGAAAUUUUGACAAUAUUUUUGAGAAAUUUGCAAAACAUGGGCAUAGAAUUGGAGCAGUCGUUUGGCAUUCUACAUGCGGUCCUGUUUGUGAAGCUGCACUUGCCGCUGGAAUUGUGGACUUUCAUGAGAGUUCGUUAUCCGUUGUGGGAUAAAGUGAGAGCAGCCCACGCAAUGAUUUACAAAUUGCCCAGCGAUGGGUUCGGUGUUUUCGAAACUCCCUUGGCCUACAUGGACCCUACCAAAGCGGUGGACUACUGUGGAAGAAUUUUCUUCAUAGAUAAGGUCCUCAAAUUGUCCAAAUUUGGCGAAGAAACGUCGGAAAGGGGAGUGGAUGAACUCAUAAGGAAAAAAAUUGUUACAAAAGCGUACGGUCUCCACGAUGGUUUUAUACAGAAAGAUUUGGACAACGAUGAAGAUUUAAAUGUCAGGAGCUUGCUGCGAAAAUAUUGGGGAAAUUUAAAUGCGUUUUACAAGGGACAGUCGUUGGAUUUUAUUAAAAAUUAUUACGGUGUCGAGAUUGCCUUCUAUUUUGCAUUUUUGGAGUUCUAUGCAAAUAUGACGAUUUUUCCUGUUAUAUUGUCAAUAGUGACGAUUUUCUAUUCUGUCGUCAACUACUACACCAAUUAUUCGUAUCGAGAUAAUAUAAGGAGUUUGUGUCAAAGGCAAACCCCUCUUUGUGGCAGCUGUAUCCUGGGACAUAAAUGUUUAACCGCAUAUUUUCCACACAGGUGUGAACUGCUGAAGUACACGUUGUUAUUUGAUAACUUGGGCACCAUGCUGUAUUCGAUUACCAUGUCUAUAUGGGCGUCUUUUGUGUUGAGUAUGUGGGACAAACGAGAAAAGGAACUUAUUAAACGAUGGAAAUUAUCAAAGUUUCAACUGAAAGCUGACAAAAGAACUGAGUUUAAGGAGAAAGUUCCAUACAGAAGAAAAUCUCGACUGACUGGAACGAAGAAAGGUUACAUGCCCUGGCCAGUGUUUCUCGGGAAAAAAAUUGUAGUGUUUACUUGUUGUGUUGUUACGGUUACAAUACUGGUGCUAGUUUUAUGGCUAAACGUUAACUUUAUGAUCGGGGUUAAAAUGUUAUUGAAAGACAAUUGGAAUAUUAAUCUGGAUUUCCAUGACGAAAUCAUCUAUAUAAUUCAAUAUUGCUUCAUGACAUUUAGUGCUGAAUUAAUUACCAAGGUUGUUAUAAUGUUGUGCAACUUCGAAAGUCAUAAAUACCAAACAAGGUACGAUAAUCAAUUUUUGAUUAUGAGAUAUUUAUUUAGAUCAUUAAAUCAGUUUAGUGUUCUCUUCUAUUUUGCUAUUGGUAAAGGCUUGGUUUACAAUAUACCAUAUCCACAAAAAAGUUCACAUUUAUGGGGGUUUUUGAUAUACGACGAAUUUCAGCCAAAUACAUGCUUCCUCACCCUACUCCUUGUACAAACGUUCCGUGCUUUUUGUAAUUUGAUUGGUCCUGUUUUGGGUAUAUUAAUUGCCGUUUUAAAAAAGGCCACCAAGUCUACCACCAAAGUCAUUUUACACCAAUACGAAAACGAGUAUCUUUUAGAAAGCGUAAACCCAUUUUCGCUACCCACCCAGUUCAUCAAGAUAAUGACUCUACACGGAUCUCUGACAAUGUUUUCUUUCGCAAAUUAUUUUGCACCACUUUUUUACUGGUUAACUAUACUAGUCAUUGUAAGAAUCGAAGCAUACCGUUUCGUUAAAAUAUAUAAAAGACCAAUUCCAAAAAUAAUCCACAAUCUCGCAUCCUGGCGACAAAUUUUAAUGUUUAUAACUUACACCAGCAUAUUUGUUAACUCAGUUGGUCUAAUUUUUUCAUCCGAACUUCCAUAUUUAUACGAAUACACAACUGGAUCCUUUAAGGGUUACCUAAACUAUACUUUGUCCGAGUUCGACAUGCAUGAAAUCAAUCCGAAAAUAUAUCCUAAUAAUUCCAUCUGCUGGUAUAGAAACAUGCGUUACCAUCCAUAUCACACCAAAAGAUACCAAAAGAACCAACAGUUCUGGAAAUUAUUCACCUAUCAAAAUUUAAGUGUAAUAUUUAUGAUUAAGGGCGUUUAUGUUGCUGUUUUGAUUUCGAAAAAAAUUGCAUCCGCAAUUUGGAAGAUGUAUUCUCGAAAAAAAUAG